UAUAUAGUCAGUCCCCAUAGACUCUCACGUAUCUGCACCCAAGAUCAUAAAGUUUUCAACUAUAGUAUCAUGAUUCAAAUUUUCAAUUCCAUUGAUUUUUCAGAGCUUCUGAUUAUAACACCUCUGGUUUACCUCUUAACUGACCUUAAAUUCACCAUGAUGGCAAUAGAUUUUAUUUUUUAUCGACUCCAAAAACUCCACCAGCUUUUUCAAGACCACGACCGAGACUAUGCCGAUAUCGAUGACAACAAUGAUGAAUUACGACCGUUACCGUCUCAGGUUCCGGUGCCGUUCACGGCCCAUGUCGUGUCGAAUUUGAUAAAGGCUAAGCUCCCUGUCGUCGAAUUCAGCAGGUGGAGAUUACGAGGCGAAAUCGACGAUCCGUCAGCUGAUUGUGCGAUAUGCUUGGCGUGCGUAGAGGAGAGUGAUGAAAUAAGGGAGCUGGGCAAUUGCAGUCACUUGUAUCAUAGAGAGUGUAUUGAUGGGUGGGUCGAUCAGGGUCAUGAGACAUGUCCUUUGUGCUGGCUUAAGCUACUGCCAUGCGAAGCUGCUGCUGGUGCUGAUGAAGGUGGGGAAGUAAAGGGUGUAUAUGACCCAUGGAGGUUGGAAAGAAUGGCCUAUCUGUUUGGUGAAGAUUAUUAAUUAUUCUUAGAUUUUUUCUAUUACAAGACUCCAACAAACUUCUUUUGUGCAUUUUCCUUCCGCUUUCGUUUUAUGCUUUCUCUUGCUCCAAUAUGUUAAAAAAGUAAUAUUAUUAAUCACAGUGAUGAUCCCCAAAUUUUCUAACUUGUAA